AGAGAAACAAUCCUGCCGUCCAGCUGUUUUCCGACAGUCGUUCGGCUACUUUUACGUGUACGGACGCCGCGAGUGCGUUCGCCUGCUUUUUCCGGUGGGAUUGAGCGUCAUUUUUUCAAAAGCUUUGUUCAGUUCUUUUUUUUUCUUUUUGGAUUUGUACUGAAAAUCAUCCAGAAGUUUUGCGUCUUAAAUAUUUGAGAACUUGAAACCUCUAGAAGAAACAUGUUCUGAAUUUCGAGCAUUUGCGAAGACCUCGUCGUCUGAGCCCAUAGAAUCGGAUGUUGAAAUGGGGAACGGGAGCUCACACUCCAUCGUCCUCGGAUCUCCAAGAUUCCAAUCAUCAGAUUUCCCAUCACGGAAUGGUUAUCAACAUGAUCAUAGAGGCAUCCCCAAGUACGCCCACCCCCAAAAUAGAGUCUUGCCAAAACCCGUCGCCGGACAACGACUGCGCAGCACUGAUAACGGGAGCAUCCUCCAAACCGCCGGCACUAUCCGCGGUCAGCGAAGGGACAGCGGGGGUAAGGAGGACCAUGCCGACAGUGAGAUGAUGGGCAUACUGCGAAGACGCUCCGAGAUGAUAGAGAAGGAGAACAAUUGCUAUCAUCACCUUAAUCUGCGGAACCACCGACUGUUUCACAGCGACCCGAACAUCGCUCGUCGGCCCGGGUCAGGAGAUGGAUGCAGUCACGAGGAGUUUCAAGAAGCCUACACCAGUAGAAGGAGCUGCAAUGGGGGAGCUGCCAUCAGAGCCAGUAAACUGAAGUAUAAAAAGAAAACUCGAGCACCUGAUCCUCCACCACCUGGGAACAAUUACUCCAGGCGACCUCAGGUCACCAACUACGACGAUAGGAAGAGUACGAAUGAACUGGCUUGUAAAUGCAUAUCGAAGCCAAGGGCCCCACAACCACCAGCCAUAGUUAUCCACCCGCCCCCACCUCCACCGAUGCCUAAUUCUGUGACUACCAGGACCAAGAUCGGUACUCCCCCAUCUGCUUCCAAAUCCGAAACACAGACAUCAGAGAAGACAAGGUCGCAGCUAGUCACAAGGGCGGUGGAGAGUCAAUACAAUAAGACUACAUACGAAAAGAACAUUCAUCCUUUGGAAAAAUGGAGAAACUGUAGAAGCACAGGAGAUAUUCGAAUAGACGAAGAAGACGAACGUCCAGCCUCCAGAACCACUGUGUUCGACAGUAAAAAAUUAUCGGACAAUCAAAACAAAAUACCUUCCUACCUCCCCCAGAGACCAGAUCCUUUUCAGAAAGAGAUCCAAGCUGUCACUAAAAAGAUCGCCGAAAGUCGUCAGCAUGUGUCCUCCCAUGAAGAAAAAGAAAAAAAGGCAUCGAACUCUCCAGAUUCUGAUUCCAAACCCAAAGAGAUGAAUUCGCCGCCAAAAUUUUACUUCUCAGAUCCUGGGGCUUUCAAACCCGUUCCCAAGCCUACAGAAAAACCUGUUGAGACGACACAUUCCGAAGGUUUCCUGAAAUCGGAUUGUGUUGGAAAAGACUCUGAAGAGCGGAAGUCCAAUGAAAAGACGGCUGUCGACGAGAUAGUGCCUUCGUUGCAGAGGUUUUCCCCCGGCAGGCGUCGCUUCAGACUGCCAAGCGGGAACAGCACCCCCACGCAGCAGCAAAAGGCCGAGAAGGAAUGGGACCACUUGUCAAGGAGCGUAUUCCACAAGCAGGAUGGAGACUCUGCCAUCGAUGUCAGAUUAAGACCUGUUUUACCAAGGAAGCCUCCGGAGGUGCCAAAAUUUUCUCCUUCAGAAGCAUGGCAGGCACUCGGAUCGGAUGGCAUGGGAAGCAGCAAUCAUUCCACAAGCGACGACGGUCCAGAAUCUUUUUCUGCUUACAAGCAGAAUCUGCAGCAGCGAAACGGAAUGAAUGACCGAUCUCGGAGAAAGUCGGAUAUGGACUAUGACAGGUACGACCGCUUUGGUGCAGACGGUUUCAAACACAGCAGCAUGAGUGACAGUCACUGGACGCCGAGACAAGAUUUGCUAGACGACUCGGACGUCAGCAGCGAGGACAGUGAGGAAGCCAUUGUGCCCCGAAUGAGACCAGGUUUGGAGGAGAUUUCGACCCGAUUCUCUCUUCCAAGUGUUAUGUUUUCGAAUAUGAGGCCGAUUGGUUCAGAAAUAAAAGCCAAUUCCACUCAACCUUCUUUCUUGAAAGACAGUACGAAAAUUAGUAAGAAAAAGAUUCCGAAGCGAAAUGACCCCACAUAUGACAACUGUCCGGGUCACAAUUUCAAACGAUUUCUAAGCAAACGAAACAAAUAUCUAAGCGAAGAAGACAUUACCGUUUCAGAUUCUAACUGGACUUUUGGACAGUACGGACUUCAAAAAAGAGGGAAGCAAUAUUCUUCGGAUCUAAUGCUAUCCGAUAAGAAAAAGUACGAACUCAUGGUACAAAAUCAUUUUGGGGAUUUUCUGGGUGAUAUAUUAGUAUCGAAAGCGAAUCACAUGAGAAAACAAAUGAAAUCAUCUGAUUCUGGAAAUUCGAAUUUCUCGUUUUAUUCAACUGAUGGCCAGAUUAUGUAUAACCCUGAUAAAGGGGGGUUUGUGAAAGACGAAGAAUGCUCUCCUCCAACCAGAGGUAGAGUUUAUGACAUGAGAAGACGUUUCGAUGCCAUCGCAGAUGCUUCAAGGCAAAACUUUGGACUCAAAAACUCAAAGAAGAGGGACACUGCUUCCGAUUUCGAUCUGAGUCGGAGACGAGAUCUUGAGCUGGCAAAGAUGUUAGAAGAUGAGGUGAGGAAAAGGAGGAACAAAGAGAAGAUUUCCAUCAGGCAGCAGCUUCAAAGGAUGAAGCAACUUCAGUCGGAUGGCGAAGAUGACUUCGAUGAUGAGGCGUACUUCACAGAGCCCAAAUCCAGAGAAGAUUCCCAAUCUCCGUUUUUCAAUCCUGACAGAACAACAACUGUGUCUGAGUUGGGCCUGAAGCAGUUUCGAUUUGGACAAGGACCCACUGCGACAGAUUCUUCUCAUUUGAGUCACUGGCAAAGCUCACCCGCUCUGCUUGAGGAUUCCGUAAUGAAGACAAACAUGCACCCUUCGGCUAAAGGUCGGCUGUCUCUAUCUUCCGUCAUGAGCUCCCCCGACUCCGGUGCGUGGGUGCAGAGCAAUGGAGUGGUGGACACGUGGUUGCAGAAACAGCAGAAGUUGGGCUUGGAUGGUCUGAAGAAAGAGUCCAGCAACAGUCCGGAUGGGCGUCUGACAACUUCGGACCAGGCGAACGAUGGGGACGUUAGCUCUUCUCCUACACCAGCCCCGCAGAAGAAAGAGAGGAGGAAGACCAACAUCUACAAGCAGCUCAUGGACAUCGUCAGAAAAGAGGAGAGACACCUCAAGCAAGCUCAGGGUGGAGACGACAGUCGGGAUUCUUCUUACAGCCACCGAGAGAGCAGCCCUUCCACCUGUUCUGAGUCGUCUUCCACAUCUUCCUAUUCGUAUUCUGAUUCUUCUAGCGCCAAGAACCAUUCCAAGAAUGGGGUUCCAGCCAAUAAGGAAUUCGGGUACCGAACUCCAACGACCGUCCCAUCUUUCCAAGUGGCUUUCGUUCAACCUUAUUCACCCAGGAAGACUUAUCGACCUGUACCUUUUGAUGUGGUCAACAGCCCUUAUCGACUACCAGAGCUUCAAGAAGAAGGAAAACUUCUGCCGACAGAAGUGCAGUGAAAUGUUCUUCCUUUCCCUGUACUUACAAUCUGAAGCAUGAAAUCACAAUCGACGAUAUUUUUUUUUCAAACAAUUCUCGAAGCUCUCUGAAUCAAAGUUUUACAGACAAUCUGGAAGAUUUUCUUUACAUGUGAUAUAUUUCAAAAGAGGGUGGAAAAGUAUUGCAUGCAAAAUGAAAAAUCAAAUUGUCAGGCAGUGACUACAAGAUGGUCAUGAUAUAUAAAUAUUGCAAAGUUGUACGUUCAGUAUAUGUUGAAUAUUAUAGCUUUCAAAAUGUUGUCAAAUAAUUAUUAACGCGAGGAUCGAUUCAACUUUCUGUAGAGGGGAGAGCAACAUUGCCAAAACUCUUAACUAAGUAGAAAAGAAAUAUGUGCAAAUACAUAUAUAUACAAUUUUCAACAUUCUAGAAACAUAUGAUAUGACUUUCCAACGGAAAUUCGUCUUCGCCACAAAUGUACCGUUGCAACUGAUGUCAUUAUGGAUUAAUCAAAUUUGAAAAUUAUUUCGUUGCAAAAUUCCCCGGUUAUUUCGAAACCUCGCGGAUGCUUUUAUCGCACAGUUUAAUUUAAUAUGUUAGUCAUCUCCAUUCGCACCAGAGAAAAUCUGACUAUCAGUAACAGAGGUACCACGCAAAACAUUUGAUAUAAAAAAGUUAAACUGAAAUGUUUAAUUUGGGGGGGGGGGGAGGAAGAAAUUUCUAAUAGAUAAUUCUUGAGGUCGGUUCAAACUUGCCAUGGUAUGUUAAAUGCACUGUGCUUAUUUAAACUUUGAUUCAUAUUUAUCUUGCAUUUACAUGCGGGAAAACAAGCAAUUGCACGGCAUGCAAAAUGACGGUUAUCAUACAAUUGUGAAUUCAUAAUAAUUGAGGUCAAUAUAUCUAAUGUAACAUUCCAAAAAAAAGAUUAUAACCACCACUUCAAUUUAUAAUCUCAUAAACUAGUCUGUGACAUAGCUUUUAUAAAUAUAGGAUGUCCCAAAAAAAUCGUUCACAAACUUGAAUGGUCAAUCGAGUUUACUGAAAGAAAUCAUUCCAACAGUAGAUUAUGAGAUCGAAUGACGGGAGGGAGAGGCAGGGUUGUCAGAAAAUGAAGCAAAAAUGAAUAGAAUAUAUAACAUGUGCAAUAUAUUUAAUGAUAUACGAAUUUAUAAAACCACACCAUGCAAAGCUCUUAUGUUUCAGAUGGUGAAUCAUUCUAGCGCUUACUUCAAAAGUUCGUUGUCGAUAUCGUGCCUCACUUGCCAUUGUCAUUUAUGCAUAUCAGUAGUUAUGUUAUCCUUCACGAAACUUUGUUGUGCCAUUGUGAAUUGGUAUUUCAUUAAAUAUGGAUUAUACACAGAUGAAGAGAAUUUCUGUUAAAGUUUGCAGAUGGCCAUCAAGGAUAUUGAAAAACACAUCACCUAUAUUCAACUCUUAAACAGAAAUGAAUUCCUAUCUCACCCCCAAUAUGUGUGCAUUCCGCAAAUACAUGACUGCCUAUGCUCAUGUUUACUAUUAUGAAAACUGUGAAAAUACAUUUAUGAUGACCAUAUGCAAGAGAGUUGUAUAGAAAUUUUGUAUUUGUAUAAACAUUAUAUGAGUGAGAGAAGUUAUAUUCAUACCUCAACCAGUCAGCUGGUACACUACAGCAAUAAAUAUAUGUACAUUCUGUAUAA